AUGCGAGCAGUCCAGUUCACCGUGCUGGCCGCUUUGGCACAGUUAUCUGUCGCCACAUAUGAUCUAGGUAGGGAUCCCAGCAACGGAUACGUUGACUACCAAAGCAAGAGUGCCGCCUUCCAGGCCAAUCUAGUCAAGAAGCUGGGCAACUCUGUCCGUAUCGGGUCGGAUUCGAAAGGCGCCGUAACCAACCUUGGGCGUAAGAGUGUUCGCGUGGAGACGAAAGCGAAUUUCAAGCAUGGCUUGAUCGUGGCGGAUAUCAAGCACAUGCCAGGCUCUAUCUGUGGUGUUUGGCCUGCGUUCUGGACCGUUGGCUCAAGAUGGCCCGAAGACGGCGAGUUUGACAUCAUUGAGGGAAUCAAUCGCCAAUCCGUUAACAAGAUGGCGCUGCACACCACCAAAGGCUGUAAGAUCAAGAGACAGGGGGAUUUCAGCGGCGUUGUUGAGACGCCAGACUGUGAUGUGAAUUCCCCAACCCAAGCCGCCAACCAGGGCUGUCUUAUCACGGCUAGACAUGGUGGUAGCUAUGGCACCGACUUUAACAAGAACAACGGUGGGGUGUAUGCUCUUGAGUGGACCAGCUCUGAGAUUACUGUUUGGUUUUUCCCCCGUGGAAGCAUUCCAUCCGAUGUGAAGAGCUCUCAUCCCAACCCGAAAGGAUGGGGUAAGCCGAUGGCACGGUUCUCCGGCGACUGUGAUUUGGAUAAAUUCGUGCAGAAGCAACGAAUCCUCUACGGCAUGAAGGUCUAUAAGAAGGGUCUACAGGUCUCGUCCUCUAGCGCCCAAUCCACAAGAACCACACAAACCACAACCACCACGCCAACCCAGAGCGCCACUGAGACCACCAAGGGAUCCCAGACUGCAACCAAUUCCGCGUCAACCAAUUCCGCUUCUGCAUCCCAGACUCAGUCUAGCAGCGCGUCGGAAUCUAGCGAUAACUCGACUGCCAACCCAACCGGAACUGCCACUGAGCCAAGCGAUUCCGCCACAAACAGCGGCGUAACCCCUACCGGAACUGCUACCGCAUCCACCACCGAUUGCGAGGAGCCUACCGAGACCCCUCAGCCAUGCGAUGGCGAGAAGUGCCCUCCUGGUAACCCAUCGGGAACUGACGGUACCAAGCCUUCUGAUACUGGUGCGCCGUGUGAUGGUACGAACUGCCCUGGCUCGCCCACUGCCACCACGGGCGGUACUUCACCAACAGACACUCCUUGCAAUGGACCUAGCUGCCCCAACGAACCGCCCUGUGAUGGUGAAGACUGCCCUGGCGCACCUAGCAACACAGAUGGCGGAGCAUCUCCUACGGAUACUCCUUGCAAUGGACCUGGCUGCCCCAAUGAACCCCCCUGUGAUGGUGAAGACUGUCCUGGAUCGCCCACUAAGACCGAUGGCGGCGCCUCUCCAACCGGGGGUAAUGGAAACCCAGGUGAGCCAGGCACAACCGACGGCAACACACUCCCAACGAACACCCCUGAAGUCCCUCCCGGCUGCACACCGCGCACCACCUGUGUAACUUACACCAGCAUUGAAACCAUCACAAUUAUCAAUACCCAUCCGUCUGCAUCUCAGACCGGUAUCCAGCUGCCACCAACCUAUAACGAUGACGACGUCAUCAUUCCUCUCAACUAA